AUGUGGACUUUUCUGAGUAUAGCGAGCUUCACUUAUGUCUAUAAGAAGUGCGACUCUCUGAUAAACCCGGCCGUGCUGCUGUCCGCGGCGGCGGGCUUUAUCGCGGUUAGCAUGCUGCUAACCUUCCUCAGGUACCGAGGAAACGAAGUGCCUCAGAUUUUGCUGCUGGCGGUGGAGAUUUUAUCAACUUUACCUCUGACUAAUAAAGUCUUCACUAAGUCAGACACCUGCGGCGGAAAGAAACCAGCUGGGACGACUAACAAGGGAGGUCUGAGGAGGAAGAGAGCCGAAGCGAAAUCCUCUGUGAACACAGACGGCGCCUCGGCCUGUCCGUCCUCUGACGGCCCGGAGCCGGAUAUCAUCAUCGUGGGUGCGGGUGUUCUGGGGUCAGCGAUGGCGGCUGUGUUGGCGCGAGAUGGUCGGAGGGUCACUGUGGUGGAGAGGGACCUGCGGGAGCCGGACAGAAUCGUGGGGGAACUUUUACAGCCAGGUGGCUUUCAGGCCCUCAGAGAGCUCGGACUGGAGGAUGCAGUAGAAGGCCUGGAUGCCCACGUGGUCUGUGGUUAUGUAGUUCACGACAGAGAGAGCUGUUCCGAGGUGGAGAUCCCAUACCCCCAGGACGAGUACGGAGUUCAGUGCGGCCGGGCCUUCCACCAUGGUCGCUUCAUCAUGGGCCUGCGCCGCGCUGCCCUAAAAGACCCCAAUGUGACGUUUGUAGAGGGCACGGUGACCAGUCUGGAGGAGGAGGAUGGCUGUGUGACGGGAAUUCAGUACAGAGAGAAGGAAACAGGGAAAAUUAAGGAGAUCUAUGCUCCACUGACUGUAGUCGCUGAUGGCUGCUUCUCCAAGUUCCGUAAGAACCUCGUCUCUGGGAAGGUCAGGGUGUCUUCCCACUUUGUUGGAUGCGUAAUGAAGGACUGCCCCCAGUUUAAAGCCAACCAUGCAGAGCUGGUCCUGGCCGACCCCAGUCCAGUGCUGAUCUACCAGAUCUCCUCAAAUGAAACUAGAGUGUUGGUGGAUAUCAGGGGAGAGAUGCCUCGAGAUCUCUCUACAUACAUGGUGGAGAAAAUUCAUCCUCAGCUACCAGAGCACUUACAGGAGCCCUUCAUGCUUGCCCUGCAAAAUGACAGAUUGAGGACAAUGCCUGCAAGCUUCCUGCCACCUUCACCAGUAAAUAAACCAGGGGUCCUGCUGUUGGGCGAUGCGUACAACAUGCGGCAUCCGCUGACCGGAGGGGGGAUGAGCGUGGUGCUAAAUGAUGUCCGGAUCUGGAGAGCCCUGCUCAAGAACAUUCCUGAUCUCUAUGACGACAAGGCCAUGCUUCAGGCAAAGAAGAAAUUCCACUGGGAGCGGAAGUCUUCACACUCGUUUGUCGUGAAUGUGCUGGCCCAAGCGCUCUAUGAGCUGUUUGCUGCGACAGACAAUUCUCUGCAUCGGCUAAGAAAAGCCUGCUUUCACUACUUCAAGCUGGGAGGAGAAUGCAUCAAUGGACCCAUAGGACUCCUGUCUGUGCUGUCGCCUAAGCCCUUCAUUCUGAUCGGGCACUUUUUCGCCGUGGCCUUCUAUGCCAUCUACUUCAGUUUCAAGUCGGAGUCGUGGCUGACGAAGCCGCGGGCUUUGCUGAACAGCGUGGCAAUCCUUUACCGUGCCUGUGCCGUCAUGUUCCCCCUCAUUUACUCGGAGCUGAAGUACCUGGUGUACUGAUCCAAGGAAAUCAAUUAACGGUUCAUGUGGCCAACCUAAAGACUUUAUCAUCCGACCAGCCUUCAUUCAUAGUGCUCUGUGAGCCCUACAUUUUUUAAUAAAGAAAAAAAAACCCUCAAAAACAUCACAAACACA